GUGAAAUUCCAAAACAUUUUCUUACUUGAAGGCCUUUAGUAUUAAUUUACUCGAUAGUUCAUCGAUAAUAUGACUAUUUCCAUGCAGAACUAAACAACACACAAUAUGGUGAAACAGACGAUACAAAUAUUUUCUCGAGUGAAACCAACUAAGGCCAAAAUUGGAUUAUAUGAAAUAGAUGAAGAUGACAGUGGAUCUCCAAGGCUUACCUUCACCGUACCUAAAGAUCUUGCUGUUGGACUAGUCAAUAAUAAGAAAGAAAACUAUAAAUUCAGGUUUCAACGAGUAUUUGAUCAGAAAACAAAACAGGAAGAGGUAUUUGAGCAUGUCGGACAACCAGUCGUUGAUAAUGUACUCUCUGGGUAUAAUGGCACAAUCUUUGCAUAUGGACAGACUGGAAGUGGGAAAACAUUUACAAUCACAGGAGGUCCAGAGAAGUAUGCUGACAGAGGUAUCAUCCCAAGAACUCUCUCCUAUAUCUUCCAACAGUUUGAGCAGAAUCCAGAUUAUGUCUACACUUGCCACAUAUCCUACUUAGAGAUAUACAAUGAAAGUGGCUAUGACUUAUUGGAUCCAAAACAUGAAUCAUCAAAACUUGAAGAUUUGCCGAAGGUACAUCUUAUGGAGGACAGUGACCAAAAUAUUCAUCUGAAAAAUCUUUCUACGCAUCAAGCCAACAAUGAGGAGGAGGCUCUUAAUCUGCUAUUCCUGGGUGAUACAAACAGAAUGAUUGCUGAGACUCCUAUGAACCAGGCAUCCACAAGAUCCCAUUGCAUCUUUACCAUCCAUGUAUCAUCACGUCAGGCUGUCGGUGCAAGUAUACGCAGAUCAAAGCUCCACCUGGUGGAUCUUGCAGGUUCAGAGAGGGUGGCGAAGACAGGUGUGGCGGGAACAUUACUUGCUGAAGCCAAAUAUAUCAACCUUUCUCUGCAUUUUCUGGAACAGGUGAUAGUGACCCUCUCUGAGAAAGGAAGAUCGCACAUUCCUUACAGGAACUCCAUGAUGACGUCAGUGUUAAGGGACAGUCUAGGAGGGAACUGCAUGACUACUAUGAUAGCAACUUGCUCAGCGGAGAAGAAAAAUAUUGAUAUAAACCACAUUCCAGAGUACAACCUCAACAUGAGAUUUACAGGCAAGGCAGUGAUUAUCACAGGGUCAAACAGUGGAAUAGGAAAAGCCACUGCAUUGUUAUUUGCCAGAGAAGGUGCAAGUGUUCUUAUCCAUGGGCGGUCCUUAGAAACAAUUGAGGAAACUGUGAAAGAAUGUAAAGAUGUAGGAGGAAAAGAUGCUAAGUUUCCAUUUGUGCAGGGGUAUGUCGCUAAUGAUGAUGUCAUAAUGAAAAUAAAAGAUACUGCAUUGAACACUUUUGGUAAAAUUGACAUCUUGGUGAACAACGCUGGUGCUGGAAAUGUGCUGAACCUUUCUACUGGUACAAUGCAGAACUUUCAAGAAACUGUCAAUGUUUUAUUGAGGGCACCAGUACAGCUGUCUCAAGUUUGCCUCCCAGAAUUGAAACAAACACAGGGCAACAUCGUUAAUAUGUCCAGCAUCUUUGGAAUUCGGCCAAACGAUUUGGUUUCAUUUUACUGUAUUGCGAAAGCUGGGUUGAACAUGUUUACAAAGUGCGCAGCUUUAGAGUUUGGCGCUCUAGGGGUCCGUGUCAAUGCCCUAUGUCCUGGGUGUGUCCCUACGCCUAUUUACAAAAAAUCUGGUUUUACAGAAGAGCUGACUGAAGCAUUUUAUAAUGCCAAUCGGCGUAUUGCGCCUAUUGGGAAGAAUGGAAAUGUAGAAGAAACUGCCAAGAUGAUUGCGUUUAUAGCGUCUGAUGAUGCAUCAAUGAUGAAUGGAGAAUGUAUUGUACUUGAUGGAGGUACCUCUCUCUGUGGAUUAGACUCAAAAGCAAUUGAAGACGCUACAAAAUGAUUUAAAGAUACUGUAUAUGCUUCACAAUAAUUUGACGAAAAGUGGUUUAAAAACUAUUAACUCACAAAUUUGAACAUGUUUUCAUGCAUGCAUUUCACUUUAUAUGCUGAUGCCUAAAGUAUCUUUGCAAAGUAUUUUAGAAUAGCCCUAUUGAGGUGAAGGCUAAUGGGACUUUCUUGAUAUAUUUUACCAAACAUGUGAUAUAGUGAUUACUUAGUAGAUUCUAACAGUCAUGUAUGACAACAGAUUAUAAACUGAUCACCAUUAUAUGACUAACAUGAACAUUUCAUGCAAUGUCAUUUUUCACAUACUGAAAAGGAUUCGUUUGGUACAAAACAAUAGGUUUUGUUUUUGUGUUGAAAAUAGAGGAGAAUCUUAUCUACUUGUAUUUGACACCUGUUAGAUAAAGCACAAGUGCUCUAUAACACCAAUUCUAG